AUGCCCCCUGAAGGGCUGGGUGUCCAGCAAAAGAUAAGGACAAGGUGUGGAUUCUGGGGAGAGGACUCAGGUCAGACUGGCCUGGGGAUCACAGAGGGGUGCUGGGGCGCCCCCGACCCCGUCCGUCCCCAGAUCUUCCUGGCUGGGCAGACAGGCCCCGGGGGCGUCGUGGGCCUGGACGACCUCAUCCUGUCUGACCACUGCAAGCCAGUCCCAGAGCCGGCCAGCCCCUCUCCUGGGCUCUGGGCCCCCGGCCCCUGGCCCCAGCCGUCCAGCCUGCGGCCUCAGAGCUUCUGCGAGCCCGGACACUUCUUCUGUGGGGAGUUGUGUGUCCCCCCGGAGCAGCUGUGUGACUUCCAGGAGCAGUGCCCGGGGGGCGAGGAUGAGCAGGAGUGUGGCACCACGGACUUCGAGUCGCCCUCAGGCGGGGGCUGGGAGGACGCCAGCGUGGGGCGGCUGCAGUGGGCGCGCCUCCCGGCCCCGGACUGGGGCGGGCCCGGCCCGGAUGCCCGCGGGGCUGCUGGACACUUCCUGGCCGUGCAGAAGGCCUGGGGACAGCUGAGCGAGGAGGCCCGGGUGCUCACACCCAUCCUGGGCCCCUCGGGCCCCCACUGCGAGCUCCGCCUGGUUUACUAUCUUCAGAGUCACCCCCGAGGCUUCCUGGAGCUGGUUGUGGUGGAGGGCAGCCGCCGCGAGCUGGUGUGGCAGGCCCCGGGCAGCACUGCUGGGGGCUGGAAGGUGGACAGGGUCCUUCUUGGGGCUCGCCGCCGGCCGUUCCAGCUGGAGUUGGUCGGGCUGGUGGACGUGGACGGCCCCGGGCAGCAGGGCGCAGGGGUGGACGACGUGGCGCUCACGGGCUGCAGCCCUGCAGCAGCCGCUGAGGAAGACUCAGAGGUCUCCUGUAACUUUGAGCGGGGGACCUGUGGCUGGCACAGUGGCCACUUCACAGAUGCCCAGUGGCACCGGGUCGGGAGCCAUGGCCCGAGGUACGACCACACCACGGGCCAAGGCCACUUCGUGCUCCUGGAUCCCGCGGACCCUCCCGCCCGGGGCCCCGCUGCCCACCUGCUCACCCAGCCCCAGGCGCCCACAGCCCCUCGGGAGUGUCUCUCCUUCUGGUUCCACCUCCACGGUCCCCAGAUCGGGACUCUGCGCCUGGCCAUGAGGCGAGAAGGGGAGGCAGAAACGCACUUGUGGUUCCGGUCUGGCACCCACGGCAAUCGCUGGCACGAGGCCUGGGCCACCCUCCACCACCCGCCGGACGCGGGCAAGUACCAGCUGCUGUUUGAGGGCCUCCGGGACGGGUACCGCGGCAGCAUGGCGCUGGACGACGUGGCCCUGCGGCCCGGGCCCUGCUGGGCCCCCCGGCGCUGCUCCUUCGAGGACUCUGCCUGUGGCUUCUCCACGGGGGGCCGGGGCCUCUGGACUCGCCAGGCCAACGCCUCGUGGGGCCCCCACACUGACCAUACCACGGAGACGGCUCAGGGUCACUACAUGGUGGUGGACAUGAGCCCGCAGGCCUUGCCCCGUGGCCGCGCGGCCUUGCUGACCUCGGAGGAGCACCGCCCCCUGCUGCAGCCCGCCUGCCUGACCUUCUGGUACCACCUGAGCCUCCGCAACCCGGGCACCCUGAAGGUCCAUGUGGAGGAGGCCAGCAGGCAGCAGGCACUCAGCGUUAGCUCUCGCGGAGGAGCCGCCUGGCGCCUGGGCAGUGUGGACGUGCAGGCCGGGCGGGCCUGGAGGGUGGUGUUCGAGGCGGUGGCCGCCGGCGUGGAGCACUCCUACGUGGCGCUGGACGACCUGCUCCUCCAGGACGGGCCCUGCCCCCUGCCAGCUUCCUGUGACUUUGAGGCUGGUCUGUGUGGCUGGAGCCAUGUGCCCCGGCCCGGCCUGGGCGGGUACAGCUGGGACUGGGGCAGCGGCGCCUUGCCCUCCCGCUACGCGCAGCCCCCUGUGGACCACACGCUCGGCACAGAGGCAGGCCACUUUGCCCUCUUUGAGACCAGCGUGCUGGGCCCUGGGGGCCAAGCGGCCGGGCUCGUCAGCCAGCCUCUGCCGCCCAGCACGGCCGCCUGCCUGCGCUUCUGGUACCGCAUGGACUUCCCCGAGCACUUCCACCAGGGCGAGCUGAGGGUCCUCCUGAGCAGCACGCAGGGGCAGCUGGCCGUGUGGGGCGCGGGCGGGCGCCGACGGCACCAGUGGCUGGAGGGCCAGGUGGACGUGGCCAGCACCGUGGAGUUCCAGGUCGUGUUUGAAGCCACACUGGGCGGCCAGCCGGCCGUGGGGCCCAUCGCCCUGGAUGACGUUGAGUACCGGGCUGGGCAGCGGUGCCGGCUGCCUACACCCAGCCAGGGGGACGGGGCGGUGGCCGCACUGGUGCCGGCUGUGGUCGGCGGCGUCCUCCUCCUCCUCGUGCUGCUGCUGCUCGGGGUCGCGGGCCGGCGCUGGCUGCAGAAGAAGGGGGGCUGCCCCUCCUGGGGCGAGAUGGACGCCAUGGCCCCCGGCUUCGACAACAUUCUCUUCAGUGCGGACCGCGUCACCCUGCCAGCAUCAGUCACCAACGGCCAGUAG